GUCAUUUCUGAAAUACAUUACUUACGAAACACAGAGCACAACAUCCGUUGCAGGCGAAAACAGAGAUUCCUGGCCCUGAACCUUAUCUUGGACAAGGACGCACCUCCUCCACAGUCCUUAGUAGUCAAACCUCGCUACAGGCAAUAGGGCUGGGUUCACCGGCAGCCAGCCGCUUCCCUUUUUCUUCCUCGGUGUACUUAAAUGACUCUGUGAGCCAAGCGAGGGUUGAAAUCUCCCCGGAGCCUUGGCACAGUGCAGGAGCGAGCAGGUUAAGCUGCGCGCCUGGAGAACUGCGGCCCGCAGUCCACCGAAAGAGACGUGGGCGCAGAAAGCCACCCGGGGGUGAAGGGAGGGAGGGAGACGCGAAGCCCUGAGCCAGGAUGCAUUCUGGGAGUUGUAGUUCCAGCGUAGCUACGCCCUACGGCCUCCGUCGUGCUCUGUACUUCACUUCCCAGCCACCCCCACGUUGUGGCGGAGGCGAGCGGAGGGGGCGCUUGGUGAUGAGCUGCCACACCGGAGGGGGGCUUGAGUCUGAGAGGCAGCUGUGACCGCCGCUAGGAGACGUUGACAUCUGGCGUCCCUUGGGACCGAAGGAUUCUCCCGCGGGCCGUAUCCAGGGCCUCGUGGCUGCCGGGCGUCUCCGGUGCUCACCGUCUCCUCAGACGCACAGCGUCCGCCAUGGAAGCGCAUCCGGCCACCGCCGGGGUCUUCGGGCGCCGCGGCCCCGGCUCCCCGGAGCGAUGAGGGCGUAGGCUUGCCCCGUUCCGUCCGUCCCCGACAGAAGGAGGGUCAGGGACCGGCCGCGCCGCAGUUCCCGCCUCUGUGCUCCCCCUCGGGAGGCGCUGCCCAGGGGCACCCGCAGCCCAUGCCGCCCCGGAGCCGCGCCGCCCACCGCUGAAGCCCGCACGCUGCCCGCGCCCUGAGGCCGCCCCCCGGCUCAAGAUGUGGCACAACGUGGGGCUGACUCUGCUGGUGUUCGUGGCCACGCUGCUGAUCGUGCUGUUGCUGAUGGUGUGCGGUUGGUAUUUUGUAUGGCAUCUAUUUUUAUCUAAAUUCAAGUUUCUGCGGGAACUAGUGGGAGACACGGGAUCCCAGGAGGGCGACCAUGAGCCUUCAGGAUCUGAAACUGAAGAAGACAGUUCAUCCUCUCCGCACAAGAUGAGAUCCGCUCGCCACAGGAGGGCACCUGCCGAUGAAGGCCACUGAUGCCAGACGUGGUUCUUUAUCAGUGCACAAUGAAAGGCAAUGAUGAAUCUGUCUUUAGCAACUUCACUUUGAAACUUGCUAAAUGACAGAAGAACAUUUAUACUUGGAUUUUAUAUCCAUUUCCAAAUAAAUAAAUAAAUAAAUAAAUAAAUAAAUAAAUAGUUUUACAUGUAAGCCAUACAGAAAUAAAGGGAAUUGAAACCAAAUUGGGCCAUAAAAAUGUCAUCUUAAAGGUAAUAUUUUGCUUCAUUAGCUCUGCUUAGCAUAGUCCUUGGUUCUUGGGCAUUUUUUGCACUGGUGUGAAUGUGACCGAAUUUUCAGGCUUGAGAAAACAUGAUUUUUUUUGUUGUUGUAAAUGUACUCUUUACAUUUUAAUGUGUGUGAAAUUUGAAUGCACCUCGUUUCAGUCACCAGGCGGCAGUCAUGCAGUUACCCUAGUACAUGUGAGUUUUCAGCUUGUCACACUGUCAUUGCCUUCACUGAAGUGUGUGUGGUUGGCGUCAAGUGUCAGGCUUAAGGAGUGUGCUAAAAUGUCUUCACAAACGUUAUGCUGACUCAGCGUUGAAACAGAAGUUUAGCAUGUAUGCAGAAAAGCAUGGAAACAGCCGCGGGAUAUACAUUUGAUGUAAAUGAAGCAAAUAUUCAUCAUUGGAGGAAUGAUUGAAAUUCAAUGUUUUCUUGCAAAACAACCACAAAAUACAGAACCUAAAGAUACCCACAAGUAGAUGCAGCUGUACUACGCCUUGCCAGAGAGGCACGUGCAAAAGAAUUGCCUGUCACGUGCCAGAAGAAAUUGCCAAAACCCUUGGAAUUGAUGACAAAAUGUCAGAGGAACAAGAGGCUAGUGUGACCGGCUCGUGCAUCAAACAGGACUAUCGGUAGGACGCCAAGUAUUGUCUUCCCAAAGCUUCCCACUGACGGUAAGCAGAAGGCAGCCAAGGCGCGCUCUUUGAAGAGCACUGCACUCCAUCAUCACCAUCAUUCGUGACGAUACCCAGGGCUGUGCUGUGUGGGAAAUGCAGACACGAGGAGUGUCACAGGAGUUGGACUUGGGAUGUGAAGUUUUAGUUAUGACUUAACCAGUUUAUUUCACACAUUUUCAAUAUAUCCACAAGGUAUAUUUAAUUUAAAAGCACUAUUACAAUAAAUACAAAAUAAGCAUUUUCUGAGAGACAAGGCUUUGUGUCAUAGUAUAACAGACAGUAGUUUUUCUUGGUGGUACAUGUGGUGCAUCAGCUGAUGGUAUCUUAGAUAACAGUCAUUGUAAAUUUGUUUUUCUUUCCCAGAUAGUACUUACUUAAUAGGGAUUUAAUUCUGACUUAUAAAUUAAAAUUGUCAUCUUCCAUGACAUGGAUUUUGGUUUAAUCUAUUCAAAAAUCUAGAGUAGUAUGUUAGGAAUCUUAAGAACCAUCUUCUAUUUCAGGAAGACUAGGAUCAGUCACUCCUUUUAUAUAGGAGGAUUUUAUGCUCAAAGCAUGUGUUGUGGAGAGAAUGCUUCUCCACAGGCAGUUCAGUGACAAGACCUCAAAGGUGCUGGGUAUCGAAAAAGUGCUGCUGAAACUACCUGUUGAGUUAUGAAGCGGCUUCCCAGGUUUCUGUUCACUGAACUUAGGAAUGAGCAUUGGUGUGAAAGAGAGAGGAAUGGAAGAACUUUGCUGAUUAGUGGUCCCUGCUGUGUACAGGAAUGAAAUGCAGAGCCAACUUACUUUAUGAAUCUAUGUUCUUUCUAUGUUUAGACUUUUUCUCAAGAACUAGUCAUCCCCUGUGUUUCAUGGUGGUAUUUAAAUGUUUGAUACCUCAUUCUUCACGCUGACAAUUUUGCUUAUUAACAGCUCACUGGCUCUUCCCCAAAGUUGUAUUCCUCAUGAACACCUCUUCGCUGAUACUGUACUAGAAGGGAAUUCACAGAGCAUAAGUGUAGUUUUUAUACAGUUGUUGAGGGAAGCUUCCCAGCAGCUGAGAAUGGGGCCAAUCAUUCCGUCUUCAUUUCUGUACUGGUUAUAAUGUGACUGAUGAGCAUUAGCUCUAAUGUUUCAUGUUUUGGUAGUGCUAAAUAGCACAUUGACAGUCAUCUUGGGAGUGAGAGGAUAUUGAAAUUAGAUUUUUCAGCCUGAUGUGUUGAGCUCUGGAUUUUGUUUUAUGGUGGAUGUCCAAGGUAUCAAUAACAAUCAUUGCUGGAAAACUUCAGCUGUCGAGCUUCCUGCUAUGUCCGUGUUGCAGAGUGAAGGCUGAUGUGGCCCUUGUCCCUCAGCUCUGUAGUUGUGCCCAGGGUACUCCAAGUUAAUCCUUGGAAAGCUGUGGAGGUUGGGCAUUAUUUAUUUAUGUUUCAAGCAUGUCUUGUUUUAUAGACUUUUAACAAAUGUUCUCCUUAACUUACUUGAAAUAUACACCUAAAAGCAUAUUAAUAGCUCAUCCUUCUUGGGGAGAGUAAAAACAAAUGACUUAAUGCCAAUAUGAGUAGUCUAUAGAUAAAUCUUUUAUUUCAGCCUUUUCGUGUGCCUGACCUCCUGUAGUGUGUAUGUCUAAGGUCAAUAUGAGAGGGAAGAGAAAUAGUUAUUGCAGAAUUAGUUAUGUUAUGUGAUACGGUUUUUCCAUCCUUUUUCCUGUUUUAGUGCUUUUGUAGCUGAACUUACCAGAAUGACAUUACAAUAGCGUAUCUUAUCCAGUCUCAGUGGAAGGCGGCCUAGCCUGUGGUUUCUGUUAACAUUUAAAAAGUUAUGAGCAUUAAAAAUCAUAAAUAUUAGAAUCUUGCCUGAACUAUUCCCCAAAAUGGUGGUGCUCAAAUAGGCCAUCCUUUUGAGGAUUAAUUGUAGAAUUGAGGACUCAUGUAGAUCGUCUCUUUUCUUGCUCAUCCAACUAUUCCCAAAUCUUUUGACCCUGCCUGUAUGGUAGCACUAUUCAGAUUUUAAUGCAAAAAACACUAAAUAUUUGUGUAGCACAUUUAAAUGAGGUUUUGAAUAGUCACAUCAAAUUAAAUAUAGAACUCGCUUAAUGGAUAGUCAUAGUGAAAUAAAUAUGUGGUAGACAGCUGCUUCACAGACAUGCUAACCCCUCUCUUUUUAGGUAUUAUUAAGUUUAAGAAUCAUUACAAAUUAUUUGCUGAAAGUUUAGAACAUAUAAGGUAGUGAAUUCACAAAAUCUGUCAUCUUAAAACAUGUUGAAAGAUUUUAAAGUAGUGCAUUUUUCUGCCUAACAGUAACAGUUUCUGAAGUUACAUAUACAUCAUCGAUGCAAUCUUUUUUAAAGUCAGUUUUUCUUAAAAGGUAUAUUUUGUGUAACAUGUCAUCAGUUAACUAGAUUUUGCCUGGUAAACUAAGUGCUUUUAUAUUCGAAGUUGACUUUGAAAAGCCAGUGAGCAGCCUUCAAAGUUUAUAGUCUCUCAGGCGACUAACAGGAUAGUAUUCAGUUAUGGAAUCUAGCAUUAAGGCACUUUGUAUUGUCUGGUUUUAAAGUAUCCCAGAGUUUUAAAGCAUAAAAAGUAACAUUUGAUCUUAUAUUAAAGUUACGUUUUCCAUUUGUCUGUACUGUUUUAUGAGGAAUGUUUAAUGUGCGCCUCCAACUCAGUUCUAUGCAUAACCAGUUACCAAAUACUGCUGGUGUGGUUUCUUGAAGGAAGCCUUCUGUGCUGUGCUAUGAUGCAGGAUCAUCUUGCUGCUUGACAACUAGGUUUGUAAGGAACUAGAACUGUGUGUGUUAACAGUAUCUUUGUAGAACAAGAUGUAAAAUUAAAAGUGAGGAAUGUGUGUGAAUGAUCACUUCAGUGUUUUUAAAAUUGGUCAGUACUAUAUCUAAAGCUGUGGUUUGUAUGUUUUAACUUUCAUGGCACAGAAUAAAUUAAAAUGAA